GGGAGGGGGGAGCAGACUUGGGGGGGAGGAAUGUGCCCCCCGCCUCAGCUGCGGGGCUGUAAGUGCCUGUGUCCGUGUCCCCCCCCCAGAUCUCGGGAGGCGACGGCAGGGCAGAGGCGCGGGGCUGAGUGUGGAGCAGCAGCGGGACCCCCCCGACGCCCCCCCGGGAGCCCAGGAGCCCAUGGAGCCGGAGGAGCCCUGCGUGGUGGAGCUGCACGACUCGGACGAGGGGGACAUGGUCCGGAGGGUCUACAUCGCUGACGACGGCAUCGUGAGCGACUGCGAGGACGAGGUGCUGCCCCACGAGAUCAUCCAGACCGUCAUCCCCCACAGCCCCCUGCCCCCCAAAAGCAAGAAACGAGGGGGGCAGCCCAGCGCGGGGGCCGCCACCUCGACGGGGGGUUACGGCGAGGAAGAGGAAGGAGGGGAAGGCGGGGGGGGCCGCCACCGGGGGGGUCGCCAGCGCCCUUUUAUCUGCAACGAGUGCGGGAAGAGCUUCAGCCACUGGUCGAAGCUGCUGCGGCACCAGCGGACUCACACCGGGGAACGGCCCAGCACCUGCGGGGAGUGCGGCAAGAGCUUCAGCCAAAACUCCCACCUGGUCCAGCACCGGCGCACCCACACCGGGGAGAAGCCCUACCGCUGCGGGGACUGCGGCAAAAGCUUCAGCUGGAGCUCCAACCUCAUCCAGCACCAGCGCAUCCACACCGGGGAGAAGCCCUACCGCUGCGGGGAGUGCGGGAAGAGCUUCACCCAGAGCAAAAACCUCAUCAAACACCAACGCACCCACUCCGGGGCUCGGCCCCACCGCUGCGGCAGUGCGGCCGGGGGCUUCGCCCAAAGCACCAACCUGGCCAAGCACCAGCGGGUGCACGGGGCCGGGGGGCAGCCCCCCGCCUGCCCCGAGUGCGGGCAGAGCUGCCGCGACGGGGCCGAGCUGGAGCGGCACCGGGCGCAAGCCCACGGGCACGAGCCCUUCAUCUGCGUGGAGUGCGGGGAGAGCUUCGCCCGCAGCGCCACGCUCAACCGCCACAAGCGCGUCCACAAGCCCCUCUUCGUCCGCUGAGAGCCGGGGGGGACACACCGGACUGAGCCGCGGGCAAGGGGACGCGGUGACACCACGCCAGGGGACACACGGACUGAGCCGCGGGCAAGGGGACGCGGUGACACCGAGCUGGGGGACACAUGGACUGAGCCGCGGGCA